AUGGUGACCGCGACGUGUCGUGCAGAGCACGACCCUCGAUACGGCGUCGCCCAUCAAAUCCGAUACGUUCUUGGCCAAUGCAGCCGAGAGUGGGUGGAGCUGGACGUAGAGCGAAGAUAUCUUUGGUUUCGGGAUCCUCGCCGCGGCGUGACUUUCCGACUACAGGGCCACAGCCUUUGGAGCCGGGACGUGUUGAUCUCCAGCCUCGCUUGGUCCACUAUGCCUCUCGAGUCCGAACGCAGCUGCAUACGCUUGUGUGACUUCUUGGAGAAGGAGUGGCCACGGCUGGGACUGCCUUUGCCAGUGUACACCCUCGAGCUUGGCUCUGGAACUGGCUGGCUCGGAAUGAGUCUAGCACGGAACCUGGUGGCAAUGCCCACUCGCUCCAUGACCGUGCUCACUGAGCGCCGCGGAGACGCAAUGAAGUUCCUGAUGAACAACAUCGAGUUCAACAUUGCGGAGGGCCUGCCGCUGGAAGACUUGAGAGCGGACGUUCUGGACUGGUCCGAUUGGGAGGGGAGUGUGGAUCCUCCGGAGUCGCUUGUGACGGGUUCUGCAAAGGAUUUCGAUCUGCUUCUCGGGUCGGAUCUGGCGUACAACUCGUGUUGCGCAGCCAUGUUGGUGGAUGUCCUCCGCUGGUUUCUGUCGCAGAAGCCACAGCUGUUGGUUCUGCUGGCGCACCGGCUACGGCGACAGCCGGAUGUCGACGUAGCUUUUUUCCAGGGACUGCUCAAGAAGGGCUUGGACUACAAUGCCGUGGCCGCAGAGGGGCAUCAUCCCGAAGAUUCGAAGGAGCUGGAUCCGCUACUACCAGAUGCGGAUUGGGCUGCAGAGUCGAACUUCGGAUGUGUGGUGGUGUACCAGAUCACCUGUGCAGACCACGAUCAAUUUCUAGUCCCCUUUAGUGAUUGCCUUCUUCACAGCGAAACCGAACUCUGGUCGUGCUGA